AUUUCGAGUCCGUUUGAGCAGGUCGUAAAACGGAGUGGCUCCUCUGGAUCAGGAUAAGCGUUUAAGCGGGUUCGAUUACCUGAAGACUUUCCAGCUUUGCCAGCUCUUGGAGACGGCGAUAAGGAAUUCUCUCGUCUGGCAGAAAGGUUCGCCAGCGUGAGUCAGAAAAGUCGGGAGGUUCAAACUCGAAGGUUUCUCCCGGACUGAACUCAACGCGGCAGCUGAUAAAACGUUGCGGCAGAUUUGACGCCGUCGUCGUUCGCCGCCGUACCGGGCCCUGGGAAAUUACUACCUUUCGGGUAUCGGAAUGAUGUGUCGUGUUCUGUGACGAGUACUUGUGAUGGUAUUGUAGGGGGUGUAAAUUGGCAAUCAAGUGCGAACCUUUUUUUUCCAAUACGGAAGAUGGUGGCUUAAUAAAGCGGGCCCUAUUUAUUGGCAAGGAUUCAGUUGUUCUCGAGCGAUACGGGUGACAACAUCGAGAGACAUCGAUCGAAAUUGGGAAAUUCGCUUGACUGCCUACCCCUCCUGGAACGGAACUGUGAUAGUGAUGAGGAGUUUAGUGCUUAGUUUUGUGGCCACCGCGGCAGCGUUGGUGGCGCUAGCCAGUGGAAAUCCUCUUUUCUAUGAUAGCAAACCCACAGCAGUGGUCAGUAAGGUGGAUUUUACUGACUCAACAAUCGACCACGACCGAAUCAGCCCGCUGGUUGAUAUAGACGCCGCAGAAGAACCGACCUCGGAUGAUAGAGCUGAUCCGGCAGAAAAUGAAAUCGACGUUACUGACAAGGUUGCGCCUGUCACAACAGCUUCAUCGAGCAGUUCGAUGACAACCGCAUCUUCGAGUACCACAGCUACAAAUGGAGCUGCUGAAGAGAGCAGUAAUUUGGAGGCGGAAAAGUCAGAAGGAGAAGGAAUGACUGCAGUUGUGGAUGAAACUGGAGUUGACAGCCCGGCAACAACGGAAAUCGUCUCCACGGAGAGUACUGAUGAGAAUUCCAACUCUCAAGAAACGACAACUGCUGAUGCUUCAGAAAGUGUAACGGCAGUCACAGAAGAUAGUUCAAUUUUUUCAGUGCCUACGACUGCUGACCCUGCAGAAAGCUUAACAGAAACAGAGGCAAGCUCAACUCCUACAGAAACUACGACAGCUGACUACUCGGAAAGCUCAACAGCGCUUACAGAUGAAAACUCAGCACCUACUACUGUUGAACCUGUUGAAAGUUCAACAGUGACAGAAGUAAACUCAACUCCUUCGGAAACUACGACAGAAAACUCGGCAGAAAAUUUUACAGAGGUUACAGAGGAAAACCAAACAACUGCUACAGAACAAAACUCAACACCUUCCGAAACUUCAACAGCUGAUCCUUCGGACAAUUCAACGACAGUUACAGAGGAAAAUUCAACCCCUUCAGAAACUACUACUACUGACCCCACAGAAAAUCAGACGACAGUUACAGAGGAAAACUCAACAACUGUCACAGAUGGGAGCUCAACCUCUACGGAAACAACGACAGCUGACCCUUCGGAAAAUUUGACAGAUGUUACAGAAGAAAAUUCAACCACUCUCACAGAAGAAAGUUCAACCCCUUCAGUGACUACGACAGCAGACCCUGAAGAAAGUUCAACAGUGACAGAGGAAAACUCAACAACUGUCACAGAAGAGAACUCAACUCUUUCAGAAACUACGACAGCUGAUCCUGAAGAAAGUUCGACAGGGACAGAGGAAAGUUUAACGACAGUUACAGAGGAGACCUCAACCCCUUCAGAAACAUCGACCGCCGAUCCUGAAGAAACGACAGUCACAGAGGAAAGUUCAACAGUGACAGAGGAAAACUCAACAACUGUCACGGAAGAGAACUCAACUCUUUCAGAAACUACGACAGUUGAUCCCGAAGAAAGUUCGACAGUGACAGAGGAAAGUUCAUCCCCUUCAGAAACCACAACUAACGAUCCCGAAGAAAGUUCGACAGUGACAGAGGAGACCUCAACCCUUUCGGAAAUCUCCACCACGGAAGUGGCAACGAGUGAGGCAAUCUCAACUACAACGGGAACAGUGACUGUUACGGAAGGUGUAACAACGACGACCACGGAAGCAACAACGACUGAAGCGAUUAGUACGACCACGAUGGCCGUCGAAACGACAACUGCGGCUGCUUCCGUCAGCACUGCGGUCAGUUUGGCGUGUUUCCUGUUAACUGCAUUGGUGCUUGUGCGCUAAAUUUAUAGUCAAUGUCGCCCUUGAAGAAGUCAAGUGGAUGCGUUUAACACGUCGUCCUACAAGCCAAAGGUUUUAACCUGCUGCAAGCCGUCCAGCUGCAGGUGGUUAUCAACUCGUCGUAUCUAAUCGGCAAGGAUUAGGGAUUGCGCACUUGAAUAAACCAAAAUCCGUGAUGGUUGAUUGUUGAGAGCAGGAUGAGAGAUUGUUUAUAAACGAUUGCCAAUUGAGUGUGAAUAAUAACAGCAACAGAGAGAGUCGUUUAAGUUUAGUCUAGUUGUAAGGCUUAGCUAGGUAAUUGAGCAGUUCAAUAAAUUGUUGAGUUGAAAUGCAUGUUGCAUGUAUGUAAACAUUGUCACGUUGUUUAUGGAAACGAAUUAUGGUUUAUGUUAUUUGCUGUAAAUUAAAAUGUCUUGAAAGUGUCUUCAUAGAAACAUUC